AUGGGAAGUUCCAGAGGCGAUUUGGUGGGAAAUCCGGGGUUCUUGGUCGAAUCAGAGGCGAAUCAUUGCUCUUCUUCGUUGCUUCAUCUCCCUUUCUCUGUUUCAGUCCGUUUCCAAGUUAUUUGCUGUUUUCUUAUCGAUUUUGUGAUGUGGGCUUUCUGUCUGCGAGUCUGCGUCGACCGACGCAAGGUAAAAGGUUUACGUGAUCGCGGAAUCAAGGCCGAAGAAGAGGAUGAUAAGACUUUUAUUGUUUUGCAUUGGUUAAGUUGCUAG